AUGUUUGCAGACGACCAGAAUGCCGGCAACUACUACCCAACCAAGUUGGGCAUAGAUAGGCCCGCCGUUGAUUUCAAUGCAUCAAUUUGCAACUUCCUCAAAAGCGACAUAUACAAGAGACAGUUCGAGCGGAAGCUGUACCCUAGCCAUCCCAUUUUUUCCAGAAGAGUAAGGCCCCUCUUCUGCUACAGCAACAUGAUAGAUAGGCACGAUGGUGUGCUGUCCCAUUUGGCCUACUCUUGCUUAAACAAAAGCAAAGGGAUGAUUGUAAGUUUAAAAUGGUUUAACGAUGGGAAGAGGUUACUAACAGGAACGCAACUGAGCGAACUAGCCAUUUGGAAUGGCCUCUAUUUCAAUUUCGAAGACAUAAAAAGAAUCCCCAUAGGAGGUGGGUCCGUGUCUUGUCUAGAGUGGUCCAAAAAUGAUAACCUCUUUGCAGGAAAUUCUUUAGGGCAAAUAGUCAUCCUGUCAUCUGCCCUAAAUCUGUUGGACAAUUACGCAUUUGAAGGAUUAACAAAAUGUGUUCUAGACAUUAGCCUGUCGUGCUGUAACACCAAAUUGGCUGGCUGUGCCGAUACGUGCAAUCCCAUCAUAUGGGAUAUAAAAACGAGAAAAAUUAUAAAAGAUUUAAAAUGCAAAAAUGUAGAUACAAAUAAUAUUAGCUGUUUGUCAUGGAACCCGGUGAACGAAAUCGUAGCUAGCGGAAAUAGAACCCAAACCAUUUCCUUUUGGGACGUUAGAAUCAAUAAGCCGAUUAUUUCUCUCAAUGCACAUAAGGCGAAUGUAAAUAAAAUAAAAUGGAAUCAUGACGGUACGUAUCUGCUCAGCUGUAGCAGAGAUAGUUUAAUAAAACUGUGGGACAUUCGAAAUUUUAAAUUGUUAUAUUCCUACAAGAGUGAUCAAAAUUUGGGCACAAGAUUUGGGUUAAAUUAUGAACCCACGUACGUAACUUGGAAUCCUAUACAGAAUCAUAUUUUCGCUAGCUCAGACAACAGAGGCAAUAUUAAAUUUUACACCACAAAUGAUAAUAAAUGCGUUCAAACGAUUUCUUCUGCACAUGGAAUUGAUAAACCGUCUUCCAUCACCCUGCUUGAUUGGAACCCCCUUGGACACAUCCUCACCUCCUUUGGGGAUGACAAGAUGUUGAAGUUCUGGUCUGCAUCUAACUGUGAUUCCAUUAUUGCAAAAGAGAUAGAUGCACGGCCGCUUGUCAGCAUCACCAAUAGCGGCUCCUUCCCCAACUCCAGAUACAUCAAUGAUGAAAAUGUGGUGGACGUCAGCAGUGAUCAAUCCAUUUCGGAUUCGGAAGAAGAGGGUUACAAGUUUUGCAAAAUUAAUAACAACUACUACAGGAGGGUUGCGCGCCCGCGGGGGAGGAAGCGCCGAAAGGGGCGCGUCGUUCGGGGGGGAGCAGUUUGACCCGGGCGGUGAGUGGCUCGGCAUGCGCGGUAAGCAGUUAGGCACUUCGCGAAGGGGCUUCCCAUUUCGCACGGACGACCUUCCUACAGUGGAGAAGCGUACAUCCCGCAAGUGUGGAAUCGAAACGGGUCGCCUCUCCUGGCCACCAAUUUAGACGCCCCCUACAUGAGAGCGUCAAGAUGCUCCUUCCCAUCCCCCCUCGCAUCCCCCCUUUUUGAAGUGUCCUCCUUAUGUGCUCCCCGACUUGGUAACCACAAGGGGGGGAAACAAAUUCGCCACUUCGGUUUAAGCAGCCACCAAAUUUUUUAAUCAUCUUUGUGACUUCUCCUAGUUUGUUUCUUCAAUUUUGCCAACCGCAGCUGCGUAACUGGAUGGGCCACGUGGGGGCAUCCGUAAAUGUGCGUGUGUUCCCGUUGCAUUGGCGCACGAGAUUGUACCUACCCGGUGGUGUGAACGGUUU